AGGAGCCCGGUGCUGCUCCAGCCCCGAGCGGGAGCUAGGCUGUCGGUGGUUUCCCGGGAUAAACGUCAGCAGCAGGGAUGGGGGAAUCAGCCACCGUCUGUGGGACGGUGUUUUCGGUAGCUUCCUUCGCUGUCCAUUUGCAGUGCAGCCCUGUUUUUGUGGCCGAAGAGGGCCUGUGUAAAUGCUGAUGGAGUUGGUAACGUUAUCGGAGCCCUCCUUUGAUACUGUCCCGCUUUGAGGUGCUCAGAACUUUGUCAAACUCUGCCCUUUGGGGAUAAGACUUGCGGUGCCUGUUUUACCCACGUGUUCUUGAAACAGCCAGGUAGACUAAUCAGAGGAGUUGUUUCUCGAGGAAGGGACUACUGAUCUGUUAAGAUCCACUAACCUGUUCUUUGAGGAGUGCUGUUUGCACAUUUUCCUGCUGAUCUGGUGUCACGGGAGACGGGGGAGCACAGGGAUGGGGUGGUGUGUUUAAAGUGCGGGAGCUCUGGUAACGUGUCUUACUUCACUUUGUCUGGCCAGGUUAAAUCUCUCCCUCUCUAUUUGUGUAUGCUUGGAAACAUUGGAGCUUGGCUCUUCAGAAAUUUUGCUACUCCAGGUUUCUUCCAGCCCAGAGCUGAUAAGGUCUUUAUUUGGAGACAAGGUGUCUUCAGUGCUCCCUUUGCCAUUAGGAAAGGAAACCUCUCGUGAAUUAAAUUAAGAAGGUUCAAGAACUGUAAUAAAUUCCCCAGAAAGAUGGAAUUGAACAGGCAAGGAUCUAGGAGCUGCGAGGAAGGAGGAUGCAAGAGCCAGGAAGAAGAGUUGGAUGAGAAGGCAGAUUGUGAGAGAGGAGCAAAGAUUUAUCUUGUGCUUUCCUCAGUGGAGAGGACAAGGGCUAGACGAGGAGAGAGAAGCAGGUGGAGAAGGAGUAAGUGCAUGGGGAGGAUGCAGGGUUUUCCUUCUUGGAGGGCAUUUGGCACGAGCCGCGGUGCCGAGAUAAAGGAGUGAAAGGCUGGGAUUUGCAGUUGGAAAGCAGAGAUGAGCAGGAGGCAGCACUGGGUGUGGAGGGGUGUGGGAGGUACCAAGCUGGAGAGAAAGGAAGCUGUAGGCGAUCUUGGUGGCUGGAAAGUGCUCCCAGACACCUCUGACUCUCCUUGUCACUUCAAACUAAAGUUGACCCACUCCUGGAAAUUCCUCUUCUUCUCUAGUAUACUUAUUUUCUCUCUCAGCUGAGAUUUGUGGUCCUGCAGUUGAAUUAGAGAUUCUUAUCCUCUUAGAGGUGGAUUUUAAUAUGGGGGUGUCACUGUUACUGUUAAAGUAUCUUACUUAAAAACAGAAAGCAAUGGGCACAAUCUAAAAGCCCUUAAAAACUCUGGUUACAAAGAUGUUGAAAGAACAAAGCAGUCUCUGCAGCAAUGGUUUAGCCUGGUUUGCUUACCCAUAGAGCUCUAAAGGCUUUUUUCAAUUUCUGCUGUAAUAUUACUUUCCUCUGUUAGCUAAUUGUAAGAUACUUACUGUGCUUAACCUACAGUUUCUUUCAGAAAAUCGUGUUAUAUGAAUUGUAAUACUUACAGUCAAAGGGCAUCCAUCUAGUUUUUCAGUAAAUUAAUCUGCUGAUAGGCUUUCCUGUCAUGCUUUCAUGACCUGUGUCUGUAGUUAAUUUUCGCAGUUCCAGUAUUUAGUCAUUGCACCUUUAACACCUCUUACCUGCCAUGUUAAAGUGUCCCCCUAUUAAAAGUUUACUCCCUGUGUAGAUUGCAGUUGAUUAAAUCUUAACCUUCUUUCUGUUAACUUAGGAAAAAAAUUGCCUGGGAUAACAUAUUUUUCAUUUUUCUGAUUACCUGUAUUGUUCUUGUCCCAGCCUGCUCUAAUUUUUUUACAUUCUGUUUGAACUUCUCACUCUGUGAAAAUGCAUAGCCUUUUAGCAAUGAGUCUUCUUCGUGAUACUGACUGAGUGACAGCUUUUGGUUUCCUCCUUUCUACUUCCUUUUUCUUUUUUAAAAAUUAUUUUUGUAUUUUAAAAGCAUUCACUUCAGCUACAGAGUAGUUCACUGAUGUCCCAAAACUUCCUGAAAUUUGAUACAAAUAAAUAGUCCAGAGCCUUUGGUCAUCUCUUCUAAAAACGUCUAAUUUACUUCUUCUUUUACAUUUGCGUCUUGGAACCAAAUUCUUUUAGUAUUACAGUGCUAUUGCAGAUUCAGUUUUCAGUUGAAUUUCUUUCUUCCUCCCACAGAGAUUCCCUUUCAUGGGGUUUACUGGCUGGGUCUGCUCGGGGAAUGAAUGGGCAGGGUGUGAAAAGGGGGCAGGUUGUUUGUAGGGCCUCUUCAUAUCUUGGAAGAAAGGAAAGAUGUAUAAGGAAUGAAGUGAGGAUUGUAGGAAGGAGAAAGGUGGCCUCCUGUUUGAGGCAGUUGAGUACCGCUCUGGCAAAGUGAGUUCAGUGUUUUGUGUUGGGAGUCACACUUUUUACAGGUUCUCCUUGCUUGGAUUGUGCUUCCCUCAAAUUAUGAGUGAAAAUUUGCAGUCAGGGGAGCAGAUGUGCAGAAUGCUCAUAGCCACAGCUGAAGUCUGCUUUGAACAGAUAAUUCUGAAAAGUCAGGCUAUUCAAGAGGCAAGAUUGUAAUUAGCUGGCCUUCUUGACUUUAAUCUCUUUGCCUCAGUAAAUCUCCCAGCCUUCAUUCUUUUGGUAAGGGAAGUGGGCCACUCCACUGCAGCAUUGUGAAAAUGUUUUAGUGUCACAAUAAUGAACACCUUGAAAAGCUGAUUACAGAGUCGGUUUUCGCAUUGUGCUCUGGGCCCUGUGUGUGUGACUGUAUCAAGCAAAAAGAAUAAAAUAAAACUUUGAAUCACUGCUCAGUCACUCAGAAUGAGAAACACCUUGUAUGAAACCUCAUGCGGUUUGGUAGUUAAAAACCAUGUUAAAAUGCAUGAGUAGUCUGACAAAACUGUGCAUACAGGCUCAGUUUCUUCAGUUUAUGUAUUUUGAGUCCUCUGCUUUGGGCACCUAAAGUUCUUUUCCAUUAUGUUUUUGUGGAAUAGCCUAAUUAAGAACAGUUCUCUUAGUAAAAGGUGUCUGGCUGGUUCUUAGGUCUGGUAUUUGAGUAGCUUUCAAGUCUUUGCUGUAAUUUGAACCUGAGUUUAGACCGAGGAUUAGACAUGCCCUUGCAUUUGCUCUACACUGUUAAUUUAACAAAGCAGCUCUGUCUGAAAUGUGUUAUGCUCCUGGAAGAUGUUUUUGCAGCAGAAAAAUAUGCACAUUCCUUCUGUGCUGAACAUCCUGACAGAGGAACUCCUGUCUUGUCUACUCUGAUCGCCUUCAUCCCUUCAUCCUAAUUACUGAAGCUGUCCUUUCAAUGAUUAUACUGAGCCAAAGGAUUCAGGCAAGGGGAGAAGAGGAAUGUAUCUUGUUCUAGUUGUCUUGUUCCAGUUUUCUUUUUCCUGAGUGGUUUUCUCCAGUUGCUGAAGUUAAGCGUAAAAAGAUUUCCAUCACUUCAAAUAUUGUCCUCUUCCCGGUCUCUAAACCAUUUUAUGCCUGGUUUUGAGGGGAGAAAGCAAGAUAAUAUAAGUGCUUUCCCUCAAGCCAGUAAAACAGCAGAGGAGUGCAAAGGAGUUAGAGACGUAGAAAGGAAUGGGGGAAGAAAAGGAAGAAGGAAGAAAAUAGUGUUUUGUGAUUAAAAGAUUCAAUGUGCUUGAAGACUCAUUAGCGGAGCUUUUGGUUGCUUGAACUUGAGUUACUGUGCUUGGCUAUCGUACUGGGUUAGAAAUCCUGUAGUGGAGACUUGGAGGGGGAGAAUGUGACUAGUACAGAUUUUCCAGAAGACGAGAUGCAAACCCUGAGUUUCCUUCAUGUUUGGACUUUUCGAGGGGAUUGCAGAUCUCCUUUGUGAAAGAGCUCAUUGAAGCACAUACGUACUCAGAAAAGAGUCCCAAAUGAUUUUCUACAAGUCUCUGUUUGUAUGUGAACGUGCCAUGAGUGUAGGGAUUGUCUUUAUAGCAGAGGAACUGCUGUGCAACCAGGUGUAUUUUGUACCAUCAGUGCUUCCCUCUUUGCACACCCAGUGGGUGACAGAAUGAAGUAAGUAUACUUAGUGACAACACACAAAUGUAUCUUAUAUGGCAACGGAACCAAGGCACGUAUGUUUCCUCAACAACAAAAAAGUGUUUCCAUCCUCCCACACCUCAAACCUCUGAGGAACUAAAGCCAGCAUUUCAUCUAAAUUAGACCUAAACGCUUGGGAGAGUCAUCAGCAGAGGGCAGGUAGGCUUGGUGAGCUUGAGAGGCAGAAGGAUGUCGCUGACCUGGCUGCUCUAGUGGCUGCUUGAUACUAAUUCCAUUGUCUUGGAGGCCACCAGUCAGGACCUGUUCCAGGAGCAACCAUUAGGACGUAUCUGCCUCAGUGAAGAGGGUGAUGGAGACAACAGGCUUAGAUGAGGAGGCCUUAGCUGGUAUUGAGAACCUGCCAUUUGAAUUGCAGAGAAACUUUCAGCUCAUGCGAGAUCUGGAUCAGAGGACAGAAGACCUCAAGGCGGAGAUCGAUAAGUUGGCCACAGAGUAUAUCAGCAAUGCACGAACUUUGUCUUCAGAGGAAAAGCUGGGGCUUCUCAAGCAAAUCCAGGAGGCCUAUGGGAAGUGCAAGGAGUUUGGGGACGACAAGGUUCAGCUGGCUAUGCAGACCUACGAGAUGGUGGAUAAGCACAUCCGGCGGCUGGACACAGACCUCGCUCGCUUUGAAGCAGACCUGAAGGAGAAGCAGAUAGAGUCGAGUGACUAUGACAGUUCUUCCAGCAAGGGCAAGAAGAAGGGCCGAGCCCAGAAAGAGAAAAAAGCUGCCCGUGCUCGCUCUAAAGGGAAGAACUCUGAUGAGGAAGCGCCAAAAACUGCCCAAAAGAAAUUGAAGCUUGUCCGCACUAGCACAGAGUAUGGGAUGCCUUCAGUUACCUUUGGAAAUGUGCACCCUUCGGAUGUACUGGAUAUGCCCGUGGACCCCAAUGAGCCUACUUACUGCCUCUGCCACCAGGUCUCCUACGGGGAGAUGAUUGGCUGCGACAACCCAGAUUGUUCCAUUGAAUGGUUUCAUUUUGCCUGUGUGGGUCUGACAACAAAACCAAGAGGAAAAUGGUUCUGCCCUCGCUGUUCUCAGGAGAGGAAGAAGAAGUAAAUUCCCGUGAAACCUCAGAACUGCUGCAGGAGCUCUCUUCCCCCUGCCAGGGCCUCGUCCCAGUUCCCCCAGCCCUUGGGGCCUUGGCUGAGGGGGAGUCUUGCCCUGUUUGUGGUUUGGGCCAUCCCUGGAAUGGUGUGUACCCUCACGGUGGUUCCUGUGUGUUCUGUUUCCCGGGUUGCUUCCAAGUCCCUAAGGGAGGACUUCUCUGUGUACUAUUCCAAACAGGUCUCUGAACCUCAAAGGGAAUGAAUGAGGGCACCAGGGUAGCCACCAGAUUCCCAGGGAUUCAGGUAGCCCCUGAUUUUCCUUGGCUUUCCUUCAGCCUCCUCAGAGUUCAUUGCCUACUCUGUGCUUAGAGAACAAGGCAAUGGGAUGGGGGAAGGAAAGGAGGUAAGUCUUCAGCAUUUUAGGUCAUUGAUUUUCCUGGAUCUUUUUCAGGAGAGAGGGAGUAACCAGGCUACUUCUUAAUCUAGUGGGCUGGUUGAGAGACUGAAAACCUGAUAUGCUCCCUGUCUUUAACCAUUCCAUUACUGGCAUUGAGCAACCUCUUUUGUUGGGGAGAAGUGGAGGGAGUGUUUAGAGCUAGCUUUGUCUCCCUUAUUCCUGGGGUAACCCUGCUGGUCUGGGAAGCACACUGUGGGAAGGAGGAAGAAUUUCUAACCACAUGGGGAGAAGUGGCUUGGUCUAGCCUGUCUUCCGACUCCAGAAUUCUGCCUUCCUUUUGUGCAGUGGUGCUUCUCCAUUAUGUUGAUGGUGGAAAGUUUGGGGAUUCAGAUCCCACUUGUGUAAAACAGAAUGAAAUAAAAUUCAUUGAAACAAAUACUCUGUUUGCCUUGCUGUCACCUCCAAAAUAAACUGUGGCAAUUGGUC